AUGGGUUUUGGAUUCUGUUAUAUGUUUCAACAAAGUCAAAUGUUUAGAAACAAGCAUGACGCCAAGCUAGAUACUAGAAUUCAUCUGAAGAGACCAGAUAUUAGAAUUCAGCUUACUAUACCAGAUAUAAGCACUCAGCUUACCAAACCAGAUUCAAGUAUUCAGCUUACCAAACCAGAUAUAAGAAUUCAGCUUACCAAACCAGAUAUAAGCAUUCAGCUUACCAAACCAGAUAUAAUAAUUCAGCUUACCAAACCAGAUAUAAUAAUUCAGCUUACCAAACCAGAUAAAAUAAUUCAGCUUACCAAACCAGAUAAAAUAAUUCAGCUUACCAAACCAGAUAAAAUAAUUCAGCUUACCAAACCAGAUAUUAGUAUCCAGAUUACCACACCGGAUAUCGAAAUUCAGAUUACCAAUAUCAUACCAUGA